AUGGAUCCCCGCAAGCGCGCGCCGACGGGAAACAUUGACCUAACGAAUAUUGUCAGCGGUCCACGCGCAAAACGCACAAGAGUGACCUAUACAGAAGACGAACAAGAUGCGGACCAAGACGUUGAGAUGGCAGAGACGACUCAGACGGCCCCUUCUGCUGUUAUGCGGCAAGGAAUGCGUUUAUGGAACGCCGUAAGAAACUAUACAGAUGCAGAGGGCAACGAACUGGCGGUCGAUUUUUUGAAAUUGAUUUCAAAGAAGUUGUAUCCAGAUUACUACAAAGUCAUUGCUCGGCCCAUGGCACUGGAUAUGGUCAAGAGCAGACUUGAGCUCGACGGUUAUCCGUCUUUGGAGUCUGUAAUGGCCGACAUGGAGCUCAUCUUCGAAAAUGCCAAGCAGUAUAAUGUCGAGGGCAGCGCCAUUUACCGCAACGCAGAGGACCUUCACGCUGCUCUUUUGCAGGAAUAUCGCUCCAUUACAGGCGUCGAAGUAAAGCAUAACGAGAAACAGGAAGAGUUGGACAAGCUCCUUACGCAAACGACGAAUGAGCUAUGUCAGGCAACGGACGAAACUGGUUUAACCUGGGCCUAUCAUUUCAUGGAACUUCCAGAUGGAAAUCUUUAUCCACAAUACUAUGUGGUCAUCCAAAAGCCAAUGUGCUUCAAUCACAUUCUCGCAAGUGAAAGUAUUCGCCUCCUCUCCUCCGCUAAUAUCUCGAUAGAGAAAAAUCUCGAGACACGAAACGCAUAUACCUUUAAUGAGGAUGGUAGUCCCAUUGUAACACAAGCAAAAGCCCUCCAGCUUCUUUACAACACCCUCGUCGACAAGUUUCCUCCCGAAUUUGCGGUCGAAAAGUCUAUUCCAAAGCCCAAUGUGAUCAAGCUCAAGGUUGGGCGACCAAGAAAGUCGGACAGCCAUGCAGCGACGCCACCAGCCAAACCUCGUCAAUCUAGCUCAGUAGAUACACCACGACAUGCCGCUACUCCCGAAGUUGCUAUCAAAGUGGAGGAAUCUAUCAAGAUGGACACUCCUCCCAACCCGCCAACCGCUCUGCCCCAAACGCCUGUUCCCGCUACACCCAUCUCUGUAAAGCAGCCUCAAACUCCAGUACCUCAGAUGCCUCCUCCAUCAGUUCCACAAACUCCGGCGCGACCACCUGCACCUCCGGCUCCAAUUGUCAAUAUCCGAGCACCAUUUCCGACACAAACAAGACCCUAUGGAUAUCCUCCUCAGCUUUCACAAUCUCCGAUUCCUCCUGGGCCCCCAUUCCAAAGUUCGUUUGUUCUCGGACCACCGACACCGCUUCCGGAGGGUAUGAUGAAGAAUCCCAUUACGCACGUUGGACUACGGACGCUGCCGAUAGGGAGAACAAUCUGGCUAGAUGCCAAAGAUGGAGUCACGUCAUGGAGUAUUCGAUUAGCCGGCGGAAAGCGUGAGCACGGGCUGAGUAUCGACCGGGUGGAUAUUGAAGACGACGAGGACAUUCCGGCGGACGAGAUGAAGGAGGAACCUGAAGAACCCAGGCCACGGAAACGGGGACGUCCACCGACUCGAAGUCUUGCCGCGCAACAGGCAAUGAUGAAUGGAAACGGAUACGUGAAACGGGUCGCGGCUAUCGAAUACCUUCGUGGGCUCGUGGUAAAGCUAAAUGGGAAGCAACUCUUACCCGUGAGCGAUGCAGUCGAUGACCCGACGCUCCGACAAUGGAACGUGGAUCUCGCGCCGGGUGCGUCCGUCUUGGACAUUGGGGCAUGGAGAGUCUACAUAGACAGAGACUAG